GCGAUGAAGAAACCCGCACGAAGCUCCACUCGGUAAGAAGUGGAAGAGUGUUAUUCACUGAAGAACGAGAAGAGAGUGGGGGCCAGCAAACAAACACCAGCGCGUCAUCAAAUGAUGGGGAUAAAACACCUUCUGCUUCUUUUGAUUUACUUAGACCCUCUGAAUGUCCUGUGCACCGCCACCGCCAACAAAAAGAGCAAACAUCCGCCGAAGAGGAACUCAAAGGUGAAGGAGGUCAACGACAAUACCACCGCGGUCCCCCUGGCCGCAGCCGUCCCGGGGAAGAUCACCCAGGUCCAGGCUCCCUCGGUAGGCGCGUUCCAGCACGACACCUGCAUGGGCUACUACGACGUGAGCGGGCAGUACGACAAAGAGUUCGCCUGCAACAAUACCGACCACCGCUUCUGCUGCGGCAGCUGCUUCCUGCGCUUCUGCUGCGCGGACCGGGGGAAGCGGCUGGAGCAGAAGAGCUGUACCAACUACAAUACCCCGGACUGGAUCAAAACUCAGCCGCCGUCACCCGCGCCAACGGGUGACACUUACGACCCCGAGCUGGACCAGACCAAUACCACGGUGUACAUCACCUGCGGGGUCAUUGCGCUCAUCAUUGCCAUUGGGAUUUCUGCAAAAGUUGCCUACGAUAAAGCCACGAAGCCCCCUCAGGAAAUGAAUGUGCACAGAGCCCUGGCUGACAUUCUGAGACAACAAGGACCAGUUCCGAUAUCUCAGUAUGAGCAUGAAAACAUUGCAGCGAUUGACGGGUCCCCCAAAGACGAGACACCAGUCAGAACCUCGAAGAAUCAUUACACACCUGUGCACACUAAGGCAGCGAACCACGGACAUUAUGGGAAAGAAAACCUGCGCAGUGGAGGCCAAGACAUGCAUAACUUCAUCUCCUCUGGGUUUGUCACACUUGGACGUGGCCACUUGAAAGCGCAGCACUCCAUAGACGAAUCGGGGCAGAUGUCCUGGCAGGGUGAUCUGGACAUCCCCAUGUCCUACGCUUUAGAGGGCCUCCUCUUUGGUGGCCUCUGGAUCACCUCUCUGAUUUCUGCAGAUAAUGUGGUUCUUUUGGCUUCAUCAGCCAUCGGCCUCCAGCUCGCACUGGGGAAGUGUGAAGUGGGAGAAAUGAAAAUUAGCAUCUCCAAGUCUGAGACACCAUAA